ACCCCAAACCACCCCAAAUCACCCCAAAACAGGCGCUGAUGCUCGAGAACCUCCAGAAGCACUCGACCCCUCACGCCACUUUCCAGCCCAAUUCCCAGAUGGGCGAGGAGAUGAGCCAGAACAGCUUCAUCAAGGAGUACCUGGAGAAGCAGCAGGAGCUGCUGCAGCAGCGCCUGGAGCGGGAGGCGCGCGAGGCCGAGGCCGAGGGAGCUGGGAAGAGCGGCCCCGCAGCAAAGGAGCAGCAGGAGGAGGAAGGGGAGAGGAAGGCCCCUGCUCCCGCGGGGGGGGGUGAGGAGGAAGAGGAGGACGAGGAGGAGGAGGAGGAGGAGGAAGGGGGCGAGGAAGAGGAGGAGGAGGAGGAGCCCCCUCCUCCCCAGGGGGCCCCCCCCCAGCCGGACCCGGCUCCCCCCGAGCAGGAGCCCCCCCCCAUUGCUCCCCAUGGCGGGGAGGGAGCCCCCAAGAAGGAGGAGGAGGAUGAUGUGAGGAGGGGGCGGAGCCUGCGUGGCCCCGCCCCCGCGCUGACGUCAGCCCCGCCCUCGCUCCUGAUUGGGGCGUGUUUCCCCCCCCUCCCCCUCUGUCCCCAGAGCCCCGCCCGGCCCAAGGCCUUCAAGAGGAAGAUCAGCGUCGUCUCGGCCGCCAGGGGGAGCUCGGAAGCGGAGGGGGGGGCCGGGGCGGCGCCGGGGGGCCCCCGCAAGCGGCGCUGGGGCAGCAGCACCGGCGCCCCCAAGCGCCCGUCCAUCAGCAUCACCACCGAGAGCCUCAAGAGCCUGAUCCCGGAGAUGAAGGCGGAAGCGGUGGUGGAGCUGCACCCGGAAGAGGAGGAGGAGGAGGAGGAGGAGGAAGAAGAGCGGCCAAUGGAGAUGGAGGAGGAGGAAGGGGGGGGCAAAGGAGGGGGGGGAGGAGGAGGAGGAGGAGGGGGCGUGGCCUCGGGGCACCCCCCCUUGCCCCUCCCGCCGCCCCCCCUGCUGGGGCUGCCCCAUCACCACCAUCACCAUCACCUGCACCAUCACCAUGGCAACAACCCCCCCCUCAAGAUCUGCCGCACCGUCACCCAGGAUGUGCCCCCUGAGAACGGCCGUCGUCAUGACAACGACCCCGAGGGCACAGAGGAGGAGGGGAGGAGCCGCGGAGAGGCACCGCCCCCUGCCGGUGCUGGCCCCGCCCCCUCGGCCCAGGCCCCGCCCCCCGCGGAGGGAGCGCCGCCCCCUGCUGGCACGGAGGGGGAAGUGAAGAGAGGGGACCCUCCCCGCCGAGCCCGGGGCGGGGUGGGGCUGGUGCUGCCCGUGGAUGACCCCGUGCGGGCGGGGCCCAACCGCCCCUCCCCCCCCCGCGCCCGCCCCUCCCCCAUCGUGCAUCUCUGCAACCUCGUGCGCCCCUUCACCCUGGGGCAGCUGAAGGAGCUCUUGGGGCGCACGGGGCGGCUGCGAGAGGACGGCUUCUGGAUCGACCGCAUCAAGUCCCACUGCUACGUCACGUACUGCUCCGUGGAGGAGGCCGUGGCCACCCGCAAUGCCCUGCACGGGGUCAAGUGGCCUCAGUCCAACCCCAAAGUGCUGGUUGCUGACUUUGCCGAGCAGGAGGAGCUCGACUUCCACCGGGGGCUGCUCCCGGAUCGCCUGGAGGGGGGAGAGGAGCCCCCCCCGGGGUCGUGCCCCCAAGGCCGGGGGGCGUGUCCAGGGGGCGUGUCCGGGCCGGGCCGCAGCCAAUCACAGUGGGCGGAGCGGGAGCGGGAGAUGGAGCGGCGGGAGCGGGCGCGGGGGGAGCGGGAGUGGGACCGGGACAAGGGCUCUGUCCCGGCGGCCCCGCCCCCGACCUCCGCAGGCCCCGCCCCCUCCAGCCCGGGACACGCCCCCUCGGCCGGGGGGACACGCCCCCUGGGCGCCGGACACGCCCCCUCGGCGCGGGAGCCCCGCCCCAGGCACCGGCAGCCAAUGGCGGAGAAGGACAGGGCGGGGCGGGGCUCCAGGGAGGGGCGGGGGGACAAGAAAGAGAAGCCCCCCGAGGAGCCCCCCGCCAAGCUGCUCGAUGACCUCUUCCGCAAGACCAAGGCAGCGCCCUGCAUCUAUUGGCUGCCGCUGACCGACACCCAGUUCGUGCAGAAGCAGGCCGAGCGAGCCGCCCGGGCCCGGGAGCGCGAGCGCCGCCGCAAGGAGCAGGAGGAGGAGGAGCAGCGGCAGCAGCAGCAGCAGCAGCGCGGGGCCCCGCCCCCGGCCUCGUCACGUGACAAGCGGGCCCCGCCCCCCGGCCCCGCCCCCGGGGGCGGGCGCGGGGAGCGGAGGGGGCGGGGCCACCGACAGGGAGAGGGGCGGGGCGGGCGAGAAGAGGAGGAGCCGCAGCCGGAGCACCCCAUUGAGGGAUAG